UCAAAGGGCCUGGUUCAGGAAAUGCUGUUUAGAUUCGUGAUCUUCAUAGUGGGCACUAAGUUAUCCCUGUGUUGUUUGUGCACAUACAAGAUUAUGGAUAGUUUCAAUGCCACGUUAGAAGAAAGAUUCUUUUUGGUGGGCUUUUCAGAUUGGCCUCAGCUGGAACUUAUCCUUUUUGUUUUUAUCUCAAUUUUUUACUCCCUAACUAUCUUUGGCAACACUACCAUCAUUGCUCUCUCCCGAAUAGACCUUCGACUGCACACCCCCAUGUACUUCUUCCUCUCAAAUCUCUCCUUCCUGGAUCUCUGCUUCACCACCAGCACCGUGCCCCAGCUCCUCAUCAACCUCUAUGGACAAGACAAGACCAUCAGCUAUGGAGGGUGUGUGGCCCAGCUGUUCAUAUAUCUUGCUCUGGGAUCCACUGAGUGUGUGCUCCUGGUGGUGAUGGCUUUUGACCGCUAUGCUGCUGUGUGUCGUCCACUGCACUACACAACCAUCAUGCACCCACUUCUCUGUCAGGCAUUGGCUAUUUCUUCCUGGGUAGGAGGCUUCUUGAACUCUCUGAUUCAAACAGGCCUCAUGAUGACCAUGCCACUCUGUGGACAUCGACUGAAUCACUUCUUCUGUGAGAUGCCUGUCUUCCUCAAGUUGGCCUGCCAGGACACAGGAGGAACAGAGGCCAAGAUGUUUGUGGCCAGAGCCAUAAUCUUGGUCUUCCCUGCAACAUUAAUUCUUGGCUCCUAUGGACACAUUGCUAAAGCAGUACUAAAGGUCAAGUCAACAGCUGGACGCAGAAAAGCUUUUGGGACAUGUGGGUCCCACCUCCUGGUCGUUUCCCUGUUCUAUGGCUCAGCCAUUUACACAUACUUGCAACCCAAGAGCAGUUAUUCUGAAAGCAAGGGGAAGUUUGUGGCCCUUUUUUAUACUAUCGUCACCCCCAUGCUCAAUCCUCUGAUCUAUACCCUUAGGAACAAGGAUGUGAAGGGGGCUCUGUGGAAGGUGCUAGGGAGAGGCACAGACUAAGAGCACUAGGAAAAAAUCAGAAAUACUACAACUUUCUGUAACAGCUCUCAUAUUCUUAAGUCCACCCUGUUCUACUGAGCAAGAAAU